AUGAUCGAAGCACCAGUCGCUCAGGUAUCGAGUGAAGAUCAGUACAUAGGCGUACCAGGUCAGGAAGGUGAAGAGCAGGCAAUACGACCGAAAAAAAUGUUUGAGGCGGUGGUGGAAGCGAUGAAGGCAGCCCCGCAGGAUCCUCCGCACGAUGCAUGGAUCGCAACAGUUGCAGAACUAUAUAUAAUUGCGCAUGAUACGGUGACCAUAGCUGUGGCACUAGUCCCGACCGAAAAGCAACGCUUUCCGAGACUCCGUAGCGAAGAGAAAGCUAUCAUAUUCAGGUUCUUUGAGAAGGCGUGCAUUGUCAGCGACGGCUCGUUCGUGAAGUGGGAACAGUACGCGCAGACGGUGACUCAUGAUCUUUACAAUACAAGCUGGUCGUUCAAAGAUAUCAUUCAAAGCAUAAUUAGCAAGGUCAAGUUGGCGCGGGCAAAGGCACUAAACCAGUGA